AUGAUGGGGUCAUGUUAUGUAACUCGUCAAGGACUUACUGUCCACAUACCCACACCACUUUUACCUGAAUUAUUGAUUGAACAGGUUAGGGAUGCCAGGUUAGCUUUUGCCGAUAGUUUUGGCAUGGCUUCGAGCGCAGAAAGUGGACCCCAAUGGCUCUUGACUGAUAGCUUGCAGAUAGUCCCUGAGCAGAGAAAUGAAAUGAUGUAUUCUUUGUCUGCCAAUAUGCUUUCGGUAAUGGAUGGAUAUGUACCUAUUGAUACUACAUUUGACAGACCUCGCUCUUUCUUUUAA